GUUGCCAUCGUCUGUCAAACGAAUAACAAGAAGCGUGAAUAACCUGCCUGUAGCAAGUUGUUAAGGGAUUUGUCAUAAACGAUUGUUUUUCACUGGCUCUUGAAGAGAAGUCUGUUUUCCACUGUCUGCACAUAGAAAAGCAAGUGAAAUUUAGUGGUGAGUGAUGCCAAUUUUCACGAAAAAGUUUUCACCUAAGGUUGUGCCUCCACGAACGCAGCGCCUUAACAUCGGUUGUCCACCGCCGCAAGAGGAUUUGGAUGAUUUCCGAACCAUUCGUUUGAAUCUGGUCGAUAAGCAGCUGUGCUUUGUGGAUGGCGUGUGGAUGAGUGCGGUUAAGGCGACGACAGGUGGCACUGCGGGGACGGCCGGAAGCGGUACCGCAAUCGAUGAGCUGCUCAAGAUGAAGCGGCGAAUCAAAACUUUGGAGCAGGAAAACAAUCUUUAUCAGGUGAAGCUGGAUGUAUUGUUGGACCUGCUGACGGAGAACGUAAUUGAAUUGAACUCGAUAAAAGACCAAUAAGAGAAAAGCAAGGUUCGGUCAGUGGGGAAAGCUCAAGCCCACCGGAUGUUUGUAUCAUGUUGAGAUUGGUGAAGUUUGGCGCUACAUGGGGGGACGAUUGUGUUGUGUUCCGACAAUCGAACUCAAUUAAGGGAGUAAUUAGAUUGGUCGGAUCAGCGGAACAAAUCGGCUUGCGAAAGCUCCCGCAAAUUGUGUUCUAGUGAAUAUCAAUCAGAUUGUGUGAUGUUUUAUUUUGGGAAUGACUUGGGGUGAUCACAUUAUCGUGGCGGGUUAAGCUAUAAAAUAAUAGUCAAAAUAGAAAUAUAGAGUGUUAAAAUAAAAAUUAAAUCCCUUCAGGACGCAUUAAAAAAGAAGAAGCAUAAAGAAGAGAAAAAAGCUUUCAGGUUAGAAACGUUCAGAGAUUUGUUUGACUAACAGCAUCGAAAAAAUAUUUUCACUUUUAGUAAUUUUGGUGACAUACUGUUGAUUUCAACCGUUCAGUCUUUAUUCCAACAAAUGUAAGGGAAGGCUGUUUUAAUUGUAAAACGAGAAUUAUUAUUAUAAUCAAA